GGGGAGAGAUAGAGAGAGAGAGAGAGAGAGGGAGAGAGAGAGAAAGAAGACAGCAAGAGAUACGCCGUGCAAACGAGUGAUUGAGAGCCAAAGAGUGUGUGUGCGUGUGUAAGAGAGAGAGAGAGAGAGAGAGAGAGAAAGAGAGAAAGCGAGAGCGGAGGUAGAACAGAAAGAGAGCAGAAAUAAUUUGCAGAUAGAGAGAGCAGCUGCAGCUGAAAUGGACCUGCAGUCGGAGAGCGACCCACAACCGUCUGGCAAAAUCAACAAGGCUGCCUUCAAGCUGUUUGGAAAACGCAAGCCUGGCAGCCCCGUGUCCAGCAUCUUCUCCAUCAGGAGCAAAGGGGAGGGGGGCAAGGGGGCAGCCAAAGCCCCGCUCGUCAGGAGCAAUACUCAUGAUGGAAUAAUGGAGACACCGACGGAGCUGGAGGGAGGAAAGAAGGAGGAGUUGAUGGGGGGAAACCUGCCCUACACAGACAAUGAAGCCAUCCCAGCGGUAUCCCCGCGCACCUCUUUCUCCUCUAUCACCUCGCUGAAGUCCCUGAGUUUCUUCACGGUUCUGCGGCGGAGAAGCAGAGCUGGUGAUGGAGGUCGCUCAGCCUUCACGGAGCCUCGGCCCGGGGGCCGGAGGAGGAAGGGGUUGAAAGGGCUGUUCAGCAGCGUCCGCUGGCACCGUAAGGAUCAGGGAACACGGGAAGAGCAGGAGGAGCCUCCCCCACCAGCGUUACUCCUAGCCUCCCGCUCCAACAGUGUGGAGAUUGUCAAGGAGCACAUGACUCUCACUCCCAGACCCCCACCACGGGCCAUGGAUGAUGCCCAGACACCCACUACACCUGAACCAGAUGAAGACGCCUCCAUUCCAGUCACUAUGGAUGAUGGGAGCCCUCUAAUGGAGAUGGCAGGAGACCAGUGGAACAAGAUAUUCUUCCCAUACUCUGCUCUUGCUCCUAAGGAGACGCCAGCCCUGGCAAAGGCUGACACCACAGAAGCAGGGGACAAGGUGAACAGUACUAGCAGCAGAAUAGAAGAAAGCAAGGAGGAACAGGAGAGGAGUGGGAGACAGGGAACAGACAGGGCACUUGAUGGGGAUGGGCUACAAGGAAAGAGCAAAAUCAUGGCUGAAGAGAAGGCCUGCCCUGCUCUUGCUUCUAUUCCUAAGGGUACUCCUGCUCCUGCCCCAAUGCUUAAACCUGCCUUUGUUUCUAGCUCCAGCUUUUCUGCUACAUCUGCUUCUUCUGCUGGCACUUUUCCAGUACUUUCCCCAGCCUCCCUACCUGCCCCAACCCUCUCCCCUGCCUCAAUCCCUAAACCUACCCCACCUAUUGCUAUCCCUACCUCUACCCCUGACCCUGCCCAUGCAAUCCUCAGCACCCCUACCCUUGCACAUACCUCAUCCCCUGUCCUUGCCCCUGAUCACAAAACUACCCCUGCCCCUGCCUGCAUGGCUGUUUCCGUCUCUGCCUAUACUCCUACCCCUCCACCUGCCCAACGACCUAGCCUGCCCCCAACUAGUCCUCCUAUCACUACCUUCACCCCUAUACCUACUCCUGCCCCUCCCCACAGACCUAGUCAGCCCCCAGCCCAAACUUCUAUUCCUGCCCAUACCACUACCCCCACUUCUGCCCCUUCUCUCACCCCUAGCCCUCCCCCUGCCCUCACCCCUACCCUCUCCCCAGCCCACACUCCUUCAUCUACCCCCACCCCUGCCAUGUCUCCUGUCCUUAUCCACAUGCCCUCCCCUGUACCAUCCCCUGCCCCCACUCCUGUUUCUGGCCAUGUUCCGGUCUUAAAUGCUACCCAUCCUCCAGGCUUUAAGCCUACAGCAGCCUCCUCAAAGGCUAUGGUCAGCAUGGACACAGCAGAGGAUAUAUCUGGUCAAGACAAGGUUUGUGGUGAUGCUAUGACUUGCAGAAACAGAGUGGAGGAGUUGUCCAGUGGAGAACAUGUUCUGGGUAAGGCUAUGACCAGCUUAGAAAAAGGGAAAGAGUUUGUCAGACAAGAUGGAGUUGUGGGUGGGGCAGAUGGAGGAAAGAAGCUUUCCAGCCAAGAUGAAGAUAUCAAAGACCAAAGUCAGGGUCUUCAACAUGUUGUGCUUCAAAGAGAGGAGGGUUCUCCUGCCUCACCCCCCUCAUCUCAACCUGGUCCCCGUCGGCCAGAGAAGAGGCCUCCCCCGGUGAAAGCUCUUGGACUCAGCAAGAUCCCUGUGAGUGGCUGCACUAGGGCAGGGAAGCAGUCUCGUGAAGCUCCAUCUGAGGACGGACGGAGCAAGGACCCACAGGACAUCCCACCCAACUACGAUGAGGGGUACUGGGACUCACCCACACCUGGGCUGGAGGAAGAGGGUGCUAGCUUCCUAGCCCAGGAAGGAGAGGAGAGCCCAGGAACUUUGGCUGCUGGUGAAAAGACAACCCCAGUCUCCACACAUGAGCCUAAACUGACCCCAUCCAACCUGGGAUCUGGGCGCCCUCUGAAGGGCAACUCCAGCUUGCCCCGUGACUCCAAGAUCCCCAUCAAGCAACCCACUGCUCAAGCUGCCAGUCAUGUGUUGGCGACGUCAGCAACCACACCCACCACCCACGCACAUGGAACAAAGACUGAGGCCCUACGCACCAAGAUCCCUGUGUCCAAGGUACCAGUCCGUCGGACCAGUGCACGCUCAGCCCCCGUCUAUGAUCAUCCUAGGAAAUAAAGCCAGUGACCAAUCUGGAUGUCCCGUCAAAGCAUCAGAAUAAAAAUGACUGACUAUUAAGAGCUUCAGUCCAAAAUGCCCUUUUGAUUUUAUACAACAGGCAUUUUUUUGCUUCAUUUGUUUAAGAUUUCUUGACAAACAAGAACCGUAUACAUCUAUUUUUUUGUAGAUUUGUCGAUGUAUGGGAUGUUAUGUGAAAUAUGCUUAUAACAUACCUAUGCUGGUCAGGAAAAUCAAUUUUACCUUUGGACUCUUAUCCGGAAUUGUCUGACUUUAUUCUGAUAUCUCACAAUACAAAACAAAAAUGCAAAUAUAAACUUUCAACCUGGUCAAGAACUAUUGCAAAAAAAUAAAAUAAAAGCAACAAGAUCACUCUUAAGUGCAGCACUACCACUCUACUGGAAAAUGCCAAGACAGUGCUGAGAAAGACCCAAGGCCACCCUGGAUAAAAUGCGAGAACUAGGCUGACCUCUUGGAGAGAACAGGGGGACAGGAUCUAUUUACCAAAUGGAACACAAACUCAUGACCGCAGCUACAACAUCCCCAGACAAUGAAAAUGGAUUUUUUAAAACAAAUUAUUUUAAACUCCCUUUGUUACUCCCUCUUUUUGGUAGACUACUAUCUCAUUCUUUCCCCAACGCUACAGGCUGUUUCGCCUGACUUUUGACUGUUGAUCCUGGAGACCCCUGGGACUGCAUUCGUCCUUCACACCAUUCACACUCAGGAGGUUGGACAUACAGUAUCUCUAAAUGUAUGCUGCAGUGGGAAUUUCUAUUUAACCAUUCACAGGUCGCCAGCGUGAUAUGUUCUGUGGGUGUUGUUGACACGUUGCAGCUCCUGCAUCAAUAGGGGUUCAUGGUAAGACUGUCCUUAUGAUCACUUUCACUUUUAGGACUGAAGUUUUUUUAGAGUGCACCCGUUUGUCACUUUGAAUUGUCAAUCAUAUUUGUUUUUCUGUAAAUUUAAAUGUUGUUUUGUUUCCUAUCUAAUCAAUAAAAUGACACAUGUACAUUUAGGCAGAAGCUCUACCUUUGUGCUAUGAAACUAGGUAUCCAUUUCACACACACCAUUUUCAUGUGGGCAUGUGUGCAAUAGACCCUUCCUGUCGCUGUAGUGUAAUUCUAUGUAGGUAGUCAAUGGCAUUAUCCUCGCUCAUUCUCUGUCAGCAGUCUUUUGCAGGAGGAGGGUAGUAAUAGGGAGGGGUAGUUUUCUGAACACUGGUGAAUAAAAGCCAGGUUUUGCAAUGUAAUUGUUUAGAUGGUAUAUUUACUGUCUCCCGUGUGUCAAAUUGUUUUGGAAAUGGAUGAGAAUCUGCUUUUCUUAUGAUGUGGUUAUUGAUGCAAAACAAUUUUAUGAAAGGGGGGGGGGGUAUCUGUGCAGAUGAGAGUGUGUGCGCACGUGAGUGAGUCAAUGACAGAGAGAGAGGGAGAAAGAGAGAGACAAGGGAGCAAGGCAGCAAGGGGGGGGGGUGACUAUGUGCAGGUGUGUGUGCGUGUAUGUGUGUGUGUGUAAGUGUGCCCGUCUGUGCGUAUGUUUGGAGGGCACAAGAGACCUACUCCACAAAGAGACAAAAGAAUGGAAACACACAUGGAAUUUAGAGUCAAUCGUAGGAGAGGGAACAGUAAGCCAAAAUUACUGCAUGUAAUGAAUACAGUAUAAUAAAUCAGAUUUAAUUUAUUAUAGGGUAGCUGUAUGUAAAAUAUACACCCGAAUGUUUUGCUCUUUGACAUUGUCACAUGUGCAAGACAAAGAGCCAGAUUUGCAGUGGGGAAAUCUGCUUGUACACAAGAAUGCCAUGCUAUUAUGCAAGCAUGUGACAUCUUCCUUCUUUAAUGCAUGAGAUACAAGCUAACAUUAGAUUUGUAGUUUCCACAAAGCUAGUUUCAUUCCUUUAAGAUAUUAACACAUGGCUUGUAAUUUGCUAAUUAUUUAUAUUAUUUGCUAAAAUAUAUAAUAUAAUUACUAUUCUAGACACAAACAAGUAUAAUGCAUAAAGCAUAGACUGUAAUUAGUUCAGCUAAGCAUUUGGAAAAUACAUUUAUACAUUUCACAUGAAGAAGAAGCAACAAAACAAUUUGAAAAGGAAUUGCACAAUACUAACUAAAAACACAAUAAUUGACACACAUACUGAAGAAAAAUGCUUUAUUGAAUAAACCAAAAAGGUUUUCCCAAUUGAAAAUAUUUUGGUUCAUUCAAAUGGUGUAGAUUUAUCCCAUGAAACAUUUUUUCAGUGUUCUGUUCUAUUAAUUUGUAUUCUGAUUAACAAGCUCUAGGUAGUAAUUUUGUACUAAUGCUGAAGGCUCUUUACCCAAAUAGCUUCAGUAAAAUAUGUACAGUAAAAUGUGUACUUGUAAAUCAUGUAUAUUACUCUCGAUACAGCACCUGCCAAGCAAAUGAAGAUGGACAGGAAUAGCAAAAGCACAAAUAUAAGGACUUAUAAGUCUCUUAUAAGCUAACAGCCAAUCAAAUCUGCCCAGAAACCUUAAUUAUCUAUUUACAAACAAAUACAAUAAUGUGGGGUACUUGAUGUCGGCAGUAACAAAAAGCUAAACUGUAAACAUACUGUAUUAGCAGCAUUUGAGCAGUAGACCAGAUCCAUUCAGCUGCAAGGCAAACAUCAGGCUUGUAUCAGAACAUCACGCUUCUUUUAAGGGGAUAGGGGUCGAAGAAACAGAGUGGGGAGAGAUUUUUAGUAGAAUGACCCUGUCUGUUUGUAUGCAUGUGUAUUGUAUUUAUGUGUAUUUUAUGUGUGUAUGGCUACGUGUGUAUGAGAGAAAUGGAUGAAGAUCCUGACAGGUGACUGAAUCCAGCUGUAUGGCUGAGACUGUCAGAAAUGAAGAUCACUGUGAGGGGAAAUAUAACGAGCUGAGCUUCUACACAGCCCUUCCAGUGAACAAAAGGUUCCCUAAAUUUUGCCGUAACAAUAAGACAAUCAUUGCUAAAAUGUGACCUUGAAUGAUCCUUACGUGUCAGCUGCAUUUACUAGAAAGAACAAGAUGAGGACGGAUAGCGUGUUUGGGGGGAAAGGCUUGGUGAAACCUUUCCCUUGGGGUGCCUCACUGAAAGAUAAAGGUUGCUGGCACAAUAAAUCAGUGCUUUUAAUGAGGGCUAAAAGAUAUUCAGCGAGAACAAAGCACCAAUGAGGACAAAAUCAUAUUCAGAGAGAACAAAGCACCAAUGAGGGCAAAAUUAUACUCAGAGAGAACAAAGCCUUGUGUUCAAAUGAUCAACUUCUAUUCAGAAAAAUCUAAAUCAUUUCAGAAAUUUGAGUAUUAAACUUGGAGCCCCAAACCUCAUUGUAAAUCUAAGACUUAACCCAGGGCAUUCACCGCUAUUCCCUGAUUAGCUUGCCUGGACCAUAGGUCUCGUAAAGAUACAGUGACAAAUGAUCACGAUGAGCACGUGGUCACAAUAUUAAGAUGGAUGGCCUUUGGCUGGACAGCAAGACAAUCUGGGCACGACAGAGACCAGGACUGGAUUAGAACUGGUUGCAGGAAAACAGGAACCAUGUACACACAUUAGUAUAACUUAACUUGCAAACAAAACUCAUCCCCUAGAUUUCAUUAUGUCACAACCAGUGUAAUUGAUCUAAAAUUCAGUAGAUAUGAAUCCAAAUUCAUACAUCUUAUUUCUCGCAAUUUGUACAGUAAUGUAAUUCCUCUGAAUCAUGCUGAUCAGCUGGUUUCUCAACGUCCUUGUUGUCAUUUUCAUGUUGUUGCUUUCACUAGUUUGCACCUGUCAGGACUAUAAAAAGCUAAAGCACUGUAUGUCUGCUUUUUCAUCUGUGUGGUUUACAUUUUGUGUGAAUUCGUGGCUUGAUAUGGCUUAUCCUUCUAUUUUAUUACUACUGUAUUAUAGUAUGCUAGCAGGUACUACUGUAUUACAGGUAUGCUAACUUCUAAUAAAGUCAGAACAUUAUACUAUGAUCAUGUAGAAUGAAAUUCCGUGGUGUUUCAUAAAGCAUACAGUUUGAGUGAAA